UUUUCUCCUUCAAUUUCCCUUACGCCUCCAUCUCCCCCUUACAGGCGGACGCGCAAUCUCCUCUCCGAGCCAGCGCGCGCGCGCUCUGCCUCGCGUAACGGCCAUCCGCGAUCGCCGGGGACUGCGUCGCCGGCCGGUCAGCCUCGGGUUCCGGCGGUCCCCCUCCCUCGCUCUCUCACUCUCUCCGUCCUUCCCUCCUUCCCUCGGCUCUCGCGCGCGGCGGGGCGCGCGGGCGGUGUUGGUGCUUUUUUGAUGGCGUCGGAGGACGUGGUCAGCGAGAGGAGGGAGUCCGCCGUGUCGACGAUCGUCAACCUGGCGGAGGAGGCCAGCGAGGGCGUGAAGGCGCCCAGCCACGCUCUUCUCAGCAUCUGCAAGUCGCUCGUGGCCGGCGGAGUGGCCGGCGGAGUGUCACGUACUGCUGUUGCUCCAUUGGAGAGAUUAAAAAUAUUGCUGCAGGUUCAGAAUCCUCAUAGCAUAAAGUACAACGGAACAAUGCAAGGCCUAAAAUACAUAUGGAGAACUGAGGGUUUAAGGGGAUUGUUCAAAGGCAAUGGCACUAAUUGUGCUCGUAUUGUUCCCAAUUCAGCUGUCAAGUUCUUCAGCUAUGAGCAGGCAUCUCAGUAUGCUAAAUUAUUCUCGUUCCAUCAUAUAUUCAUUUAUUUUGUUCAUAGCGGCAUUUUAUGGCUUUAUCGGCAGCAACCUGGGAAAGAAGAUGCACAGCUAACUCCUCUUUUACGCCUGGGAGCUGGUGCAUGUGCUGGAAUUAUUGCCAUGUCUGCGACAUAUCCAAUGGACAUGGUACGCGGUCGGCUGACUGUCCAGACAGAGAAGUCUCCUCGACAGUAUAGAGGAAUUUAUCAUGCUCUUUCAACUGUCUUCAAGGAAGAAGGCCCUAGGGCAUUGUACAGAGGCUGGCUUCCUUCUGUAAUAGGAGUUGUUCCUUAUGUAGGUCUGAACUUCGCUGUGUAUGAAUCCUUGAAAGACUAUUUACUUCAAACCAACCCAUUUGGACUGGUUGAGGACAACGAGCUAAGUGUGACAACGAGGCUUGCAUGCGGUGCUGCUGCGGGGACUAUUGGUCAGACGGUAGCUUACCCUCUUGAUGUCAUCAGGCGAAGAAUGCAAAUGGUUGGCUGGAAAGGUGCUUCUUCAGUUAUAGUUGGUGAAGGGAGGAGUAAGGCACCACUCGAAUACACUGGCAUGGUUGAUGCAUUUAGGAAGACUGUUCGUUAUGAGGGAUUUGGAGCAUUAUACAAGGGUUUGGUCCCCAAUUCAGUAAAGGUCGUUCCAUCGAUAGCUAUUGCCUUCGUCACAUAUGAAGUGGUUAAGGACGUUCUUGGAGUGGAGAUGAGGAUAUCCGACUGAAGGGAGAAGCAUUCAAGUAAUUCUUUUCUUUGACUUAUGGCUUAUUUCCAAGGCAAAAGGUUGAGAGGCUUGAUGGGAGUACAUUCGAGAUUAUUUAUGAUCAGGUAGAGAGGAAUCUAGAGAUCCGUUGAUAUAUGUAGUCCAUAUUUUGUCCCUCCAUCUUAGGCUUUUUUUUUUCUCCCUCUUUUCCUUUUCUCUCUUCUUACGUGGAAAUAAAUUGUUCGCCAGGGGCUUUUGAGAAAAUUCUGUAGAACUGAAUCCUGGGUUUUAUGUUUGUGAUUAAAAUUUAUGGCCAUGCUCUACGCGUACUGUUUCAGUCUGUCACUGGAUGGUUAUGUAUUUUAUGUGCUUUUGAUUU